UUUUUCAACUACAGGUUCCUCAAAGCUAAAGGAGUGACGUCAAAUCAACAUGGCCGCUCACAGCAUCAGCAGUAAACACAGCAGCAACUUAUCUUUAAACGAGUUGUAUUGUUUAUACACGUAUUAUCUGUAGAUCAAUCAACAUACAAACGCAGUCACUUGUUAAAUCUAUGACCACAGACUCUGCAGUUCACUGUUCUGAGGAUGAAGACCAUCUGAGUCUGACCUCACCUUCAGCUGUUUGCGUUAACACAACAGGCUAAUUAUUUUAUACUGUUAUACAAUAAACACAUUUUUAAAAUGAUGUUGCUGUAAAACUUCCUAAUUUACAUAGGACUUAAUAUUUAAUGACUAAAGAAAAUCUACAAUGGUGGGUCGUAAUCCUGCAAGCAGUUCUAUGUAAGUUAACCAAAGGUGGGCGUCAUUUUGACUUUUUUCCCUUGUGGCGUGCCAACAUGUUCCCUGGAAUCCAUCCCUGUUUUCAGCUGUUGAGAAUAGGAUCGUCAUGUAGUGUAAACGGCUCUGGCGGUGCCGUUCCAGAUUCGGCCCAUGACCUGUACACUUUCCGGCCGGCACUUGCGCACUCGGUGUUCAGAUUGGGCCGACUGGCAGAGUUGUGCGACGUCACUUUGGAGUCGACGACAGUUUCACGUGUACACGCCGAGCUGCACGCUGAGAAACAGACUGACGCUGCUGGAGAGGAGAGCUGGAAGGUCCAAGUGAGGGACAGAAGCAGCUAUGGUACAUGGGUGAAUGAUGUCCGAAUCCAGUCAGGUGUCUUGUUGGAGAUAUUUGAUGGUGACACGCUGACAUUUGGUGGCCAAACAGUACAAGGAAGCCCAGAGUUCUACUUCCUUUUCCAGAAGGUCAGGGUCAGUCCACAGGAGUUUGACGCCAUGACUGUCCCAAAGGCAAGCUCUUUCUCAUCCAAUAUCAAUAACCGGAUCAGAACAAGUCAAGACUGCAAGCAAGAGCCCGGCCUUGACAUUUCUAAGUUGUCCAUCAACAAAGCCACAGUCAUUCUCAACUCCAUCGGCAGCCUUAGUAAGAUCAAUGGCAGCCGCUGGACCUUCAAGAAGACUGACAAAACCACUGGCCUGAAUUCAGCUGUUACGCCUUCAUUUCAAACGUUGGUACCGCCUUCAACUCCUCCCUCUCUUUCUAAUAGUCGAGAGACUGCGAAAUCCAUCCCACCAUCGUCCAAGAGUCGCCGCAAAUCAGCCCACACAGUGCUUUUGGAAGACGGCAGUGUGGAGGACCACAAUGGCUGUAGGUCUGGGUUAGAGGAAGCAUGGAAAGCCAAAGCUGGCAAGAGACGACGUCUGUACAAGUCAGAGUCUGAGAUUCUCCAGUCUCCGCUGUCCAACAUGGAGUUAAGUAUGAAGCCGCAGCUCGACACCAGGCCAGUCAUGCCCAAGCAAAACACAGUCGUUCUUAAUCAGUUGAGCAACGGAAAGCUCGGUCAUCCUCCUUUUACCUUGAUCCUGAAGCGCGAGAGUGAAAACACAGGCCACAACAGAAGUGUAAGUCUGAUGGGAUGCCGGCAGCAGAAGCGUUGCUCCUCGGCUCCUCGUGGCAGGCGAAGGGCAAACAGCACUCCAUUAUGUUCUUCGCUACUUGUUGGAGGUGAAAAUUAUCAGCUGGCCAGUCCACCAGCAAGGCCGGCCAAAGCAGUGAGGGGACACACAGCGCGGUUCCACGCCACCACUAGUAGACGGCGUGGGAGACCCAGAAAGCAUCCACCACCCCAGCCUUCCCUUCCAUCUCCUGCUUCCUCAUCAUCAUCAUCUAGCUCAUCAUCAUCAUCUUCUUCAACAUCGUCUUCUUCAGAGGAUGAAGAUGACGAUGAAAAUGAAGAAGAAAUGAGGGCAGCACAGGGCAUAGAGCCAUGUGCUGCAGUGCGUUGUCGUCUGCCACAGCAGGACACAGUACAGUGGGUGCAGUGUGACGACUGUGAUGCCUGGUAUCACUUGGACUGCCUUCCAAACAACCGCAACCGAGCCGCGUUCCUGCUUGAUCCUAGCGCUGAAUUCCACUGUGGCUGCUGCUGAGUGGCUCCACUAAUGGUAAUUAGAAAGGCUGGUCAGACAGAAGCAGUGCUACAUAUUUAAGCAAUAAAGUCUCUGUUGUUUGA